CGACAUGGCUAAAUGCGCGAAGAAGAUCGGAAUCGACGGUAAAUACGGGACCCGUUAUGGCGCCUCCCUCAGGAAAAUGAAGAAAAUUGAAAUCAGCCAGCACGCCAAGUACACUUGCUCCUUCUGUGGCAAAACCAAGAUGAAGAGACGAGCUGUGGCGAUCUGGCACUGUGGUUCUUGCAUGAAAACAGUAGCUGGUGGUGCCUGGACCUACAACACCACUUCUGCUGUCACAGUAAAGUCUGCCAUCAGAAGACUGAAGGAAUUGAAAGACCAGUACAGUAGAAGCUCCACAAUUGAAACCUUGCUAUAUAAUAAAUGCGUUAAUUUAUGUAACAACAACAACAAAAAAAGGCAGGUGGAGGAGGUGAGGUCCGUAGGGCCUACCUUUGUCUUGGGGUUCACAGUGGACCCCGGACUUGAACUUCUAUUUCUAAACCCAGGCCCAGAGAUCUCUGUGAAACCCAUGGCUGCCUUCCUGGCAGUUCGACAUGUCCCAGGAAUGCCACUGUCAUCAGAAAAUGAGCUGACAGGGAAGGGCAGCAAUGUGGGCUAG